UUAGUCUUAUUUGGUGAAAAGGUUUGGUGGGUAUUUGUCAAAAAUGUUUAAAAAACUAUACUUUGUAGUAGUGGUGUUUGUUGUUUGAGUUUUGUUUGGUAACCAAGAAAACUACAGAGUAAGUCUACGGAUAGCCAUUUACUUUUGCUUGGCGAGGAGGCUAUUCUGUCCUUGUUUUCUUUUGUUUUGUUGAUAUUCGAGGAAAUAAUUUAAGUGCAAUCUUUUGAGUUUUGACAUAUGGACAGCACCGGAAGUGAUUCUUUUCUGAGGAACAGAAGGUUUGAUAAUUUCUUCAACACAAGUUCUGAGCCUCAUGUGAAACAACCACCAAAAAUUCCAGUGAAACAAGUUGAACACAGGCCGCCGCGAACGAAUAAAGAAUGUGUUGAUAGUGAUGAUGAUGAUGGUGGAUGGUUCUGUGUGUUGAUAUCUUGGGUAAGAAUUGUCACUUGUUUUGUGACAAUGAUGGUCACAACCUUCAUCUGGGCACUGGUUAUGGUUCUGCUGUUACCUUGGCCUUAUAAGAGGAUUAGGCAAGGCAAUGUUUAUGGACAUGUUACUGGUAGAUUAUUGAUGUGGAUCUUGGGGAAUCCAAUAAAGAUUGAAGGUACUGAAUUCUCUAAUGAAAGGGCGAUAUACAUCAGUAAUCAUGCAUCUCCAAUAGACAUCUUCCUUAUAAUGUGGUUGACUCCCACGGGCACUGUUGGCAUUGCAAAGAAAGAGAUCAUAUGGUACCCUCUGUUUGGGCAACUUUAUGUUUUGGCCAAACAUAUCCGUAUAGAUCGCUCCAACCCCUCUGCAGCCAUUAAGUCAAUGAAAGAGGCAGCUCGUGCAGUUGUCGAAAACAAACUCUCUUUGAUCAUUUUUCCUGAGGGUACCAGGUCCAAAAACGGACGACUUCUUCCCUUCAAAAAGGGUUUUAUUCAUCUGGCACUGCAAUCCCGCCUCCCAAUAGUUCCAAUGGUCCUAACUGGUACUCAUCGGGCAUGGAGAAAUGGCAGUUUACAUGUUCGACCAACACCUAUUACCGUAAAGUAUCUCCCUCGAAUAAGUACCACUGAUUGGACAGCCAACAAGGUUGAUGACUACAUGACAAUGCUACGUGACAUAUACGCCAAAAACCUUCCUGAGCCUCAAAAGCCUCUUGUACAGGAAGGCACCAUAACUGGUUCCAAUUCUUAGCUCAGGUUUUUCUCUCCUGGGAUGAUACCCCUUGUUAAAAGCAAUUAUAAUCAUAGUCGAAUAGAUUAGCAGCGGUACCGAUGUAUCAUACUGCCGAUGCUCUUGCCGAAUAGUCUUUGUUCUAUAUAAAGCAUUCAUUUAUCCCAAUCAAUGGAGGAUGGUUCUUAUUUUCAUUAAAAUUUGUAGAGACUGUCAAAAUUAGAAGGGUCAGUUUCAGGACCUUGAAUGUCUUGUUUCUGUCAGUUUCUUGUUUACAUUAUUGUAUGAAUAUUAAAUAUUAAAUUAGGCAUAAUGUUUGUUGAGGAAAAAACAGUUCAACUUCACCAGAAAAAGGUUCAUAGAACCAUCUAGAUUUCUUUCAUGUAAAGACAGGUCAAGCAGAAGGAAAAUGAUAAACAUAGAAACCAUUAAAGUUUU